CCAGAAGUUGCCGUAGGAGGGAAUGUACCCGAUGAUGAUAUUCGAGUAAUGGCCGAGCUCAGCGAUAAGAUCGAUGAAUUCUACUAUGCGGUACGAAUUUUCCCGGGACAAGAUCCGGCCAGUGUUUGGGUUGGCUGGGUGACACCGAAAUAUCAUUUCUACUCGGAACGUUUCAAAACCGGUGAAGCUGUAAGGCGAUGCAAAUAUCAGGAUGCGGAUAAACGAGAGAAUGAUGCCGAAUGGUUAGUUGCCUUUGGUACCAAAAUCGAGGCGAUAUCUUGA